UUCACCCCCACCGACAGCUCUCCCUCCCCUUUCUCCCCCCCCUUCAAAGUUUUCUUAGGAGUGAGGAGAGGGGUUGGGGAGGAAGAGGGUCCAGCCAUCCCCCGUCCUUACCCUUCUCCCUGUCUAACUUACCCCCGCCUCCCUUCCCCUCCAUCCCCUGCGCGCCGCUGCCCCUCCGGAGCUGCGCUCCAAACUGACAAUUGGAGCGCGGCUCCUUUAAGAGCCCGGCUUUGCCUCCCGGUAGCUGAAGGUCAUUAAACACAAAAGCUCUCAGCGCUGCGGUCCAAUAUAGCGCAUGCGCCCUGCCCGAGGACUGGCAGAGAGACGGCAAUAUGGCGAGAAUGCCUGGCAGCGGGGACUGUAACACCAGCGCGGGCGGCAGCGCCAGCGCCGCCGCCGCCGCCGCCGAGAACAAUGGGGAGCGGGGCGAGGGCGAGCGCGGUGCGGGGGGCCGCGGCCGCCGCCACGGCCGCCCGCACUACUGCAGCGCGGGCGAGGAGGAGGAGGAAGAGGAGGAGGACGACGAGAUCCAGGAGGUGCAGAUAACGGGGGACGAGGAGGAGGAGGAGGAGGACGGAGGUGGGGGGCUGGAGGAGGACGAGGAGGAGGAAGAGGAGGAGGAGGAGAUGGGGCUGGACUGGGAUGAGCCCCUGGAGCCCGAGGACUCGGCCGGGGAGGAGCUGGAACCCGAGCCGGUCCAUAUGAUCAAUAUGGACCAGAGCGCCGCGCUGGAGCCCGAGGCGCCGCCGCGAUUGCUGGCGCCCCGGGCCCGCGGCGGGCCGCCCGGGGACAGCGCCGAGCUGGACCCCGACGUGCUGCAGCGCCCCGAGCGGGCCCGGCUGAGCGAGAACACCCGGCUGGCCACCCGCUACGCCGUGCGCAUCUUCCGGGAGUACCUGAGCGAGAAGGCGCAGAGCCCGGACUUCGAGACCAUGGACAAGGGGGCGCUGUGCCGCGUGCUGCGCUCUUUCUACGCCGAGGCCCGCUCCAAGAGCGGCCAGCUCUACAGCAAGUCGUCGCUCAUCAGCAUCCGCAGCUCCCUCAACCGCUACCUCAACGAGCCCCCGUACUGCCGCACGCUCGACCUCACCAAGGACCCCGAGCUGCGCAGCGCCAACCUGACGCUGGCCGCGGUCAUCCGCAAGCUCGAGGAGCAGGGCGCCGGGCCGGUGGUGCAGAAGCAAGCCAUCACGCGUGCCGACCUGCGCAAGCUCUACACCUCCAGCGUCUUCAGCACCAACACGCCCUUCGGGCUGCUCAACAAGGUCUGGUUCGAGACGUGCAUGUACUUCUGCACGCGCGGCCGCGAGAACCAGCGCGAGCUGGAGGAGGACUCCUUUGGGCUGGCUAUGGACGAGGACGGCCGCAAGUUCGUCUACUUUAAGUCCCUCGGGCCCUACCACAAGUCGCGCUCGUCGUCGUGGAGCAAGAAGCGUGCAGAGAGCAGCGACGAGGAGAACUUGCCCCGCAUGUACGAGACGGGCACCGAGUUCUGCCCCUACGCCAGCUUCGUGAAGUACCUGUCGAAGCGCAACCCACUCUGCAAGGCGUUCUUCCAGCGGCCCCGGGACCACUGCAGCGAGGGCGAUGUGACCUGGUACGAGAACAAAGCCAUCGGCAAGAACUUGCUGGGCACCAGGAUGCAGAUGCUCUCGAAGGCGGCCAAGCUCUCCAAGACCUACACCAACCACUGCAUCGGCGCGGUCUCCAUCGCCACGCUCAACAGCAUCGCUGGCAUCGGCACCAAACUGGGCUCGCCCGCCCCGCAGGGCUGCUACGCGGAGGCUCUGAACGGGGCGGCUCGGCACCACUCCCACCACCCCCCCACCCAUCCCUCCCACCACCACCGCCCCCAGCCGCCCUCGCUGGGGAACACCUAUAUCCUCCCCAAAGACAGCCAGGUCGGGCCCGACGUGAAAUCCGAGGCUGCGCCCAAGCGCGCUCUGUACGAGUCCGUGUUCGGGUCGGGGGAUAUCUGCGGCCCCUCUUCCCCCAAAAGACUUUGUAUCCGCCCCUCGGAGCCUGUGGAUGCGGUGGUGGUGGUUUCCGUGAAACACGACCCCCUGCCUCUUCUUCCAGAAGCCAAUGGGCACAGAAGCACCAAUUCUCCCACAGUAGUUUCACCUGCUCUUGUUUCCCCCACCCAGGACAGUCGACCCAAUAUGUCAAGACCUCUGAUCACUAGAUCUCCUGCAUCUCCACUGAACAACCAAGGCAUUCCUACUCCAGCGCAACUCACAAAAUCCAAUGCGCCCGUCCACAUUGAUGUGGGCGGUCACAUGUACACCAGCAGCCUGGCCACCCUCACCAAAUACCCCGAAUCAAGAAUCGGAAGACUUUUUGAUGGUACAGAGCCCAUUGUUUUGGACAGUCUCAAACAGCAUUAUUUCAUUGACAGAGAUGGACAGAUGUUCAGAUAUAUCUUGAAUUUUCUACGAACAUCAAAACUCCUCAUUCCUGAUGAUUUCAAGGACUAUACUUUGUUAUAUGAAGAAGCAAAAUAUUUUCAGCUUCAGCCCAUGUUGUUGGAGAUGGAAAGGUGGAAGCAGGACAGAGAAAGUGGUCGCUUUUCAAGGCCCUGUGAGUGCUUAGUGGUGCGUGUUGCCCCAGACCUUGGAGAAAGGAUCACGCUCAGCGGUGACAAAUCCUUGAUAGAAGAAGUAUUUCCAGAGAUUGGCGACGUGAUGUGUAACUCCGUAAAUGCAGGCUGGAAUCACGACUCAACGCAUGUCAUUAGGUUUCCACUGAAUGGCUACUGUCACCUCAACUCGGUCCAGGUCCUCGAGAGGUUGCAGCAGAGAGGAUUUGAAAUCGUGGGCUCCUGUGGAGGAGGAGUGGACUCGUCUCAGUUCAGCGAGUACGUCCUGCGACGGGAGCUGAGGCGGACGCCCCGCGUACCCUCUGUCAUCCGGAUAAAGCAGGAGCCUCUGGACUAAAUGGACCGAUUUCUUAUGCAAAGAGGAAAAAAAGAAAACCGUACACAACAAACAAAUAAACAAACAAAAGGGACAUUUAUGUGCAGUUGGGACAGCAAACCAAGUCCUGGACCUAAAAUUGAAUAAAAAGACACAUUUAUAUCCAAUAGAGACCACACCUGUAUUCAUAUGGGAACAAUUGGAAUAGUGAUAUCCUCAAGGUGUAAAAAAAUAUAUAAAUAUAUAUAUAUGUCAAAAGGUAGGAAAUGCAAAAAAAAGGAAAAAAAAAAAGUUUUAAAAGGUGGUAGCUACAGUUGGUGCUGUGAUGGCCGUGAGGUGUCCUGGGCCUCCCGAGGCCCCCCGACCAAUAGAGAAGCCAUGAGCAGUGAGGACGCAUCUCCUUACGGUUUCCAUUGCCAACAGCCAUCCGUUGUUUCCUUUUCCUCUGUCUUUCUUUUUCCUUUUUUUUUUUUAAAAAAAAAAAACAAAAAAAAACCAAAACACCUUGACUCGAGUUUAUUUGCAUAUGGAGGUUUCAUGUCCUCUCUUUUAGGCGGCACCAGGCAGGACUUCAGAAAAACUCUCGUGAGCACACCGCAACCGAAAGACAUUAGACAUGAAAUUUUAAAUGUAGUUUGUACAGAAGUCACACUUUUUUGUCCGCCUUCACAGAUGUGAACAUUACUUUGUUUUUAAACUGAUCAGUUUUGCAAAGGGGCCAGAAUUAUUACUUGUUAGAGUUGCUCCAGUUUGAGUCUGCUGCUUUCCUACAAUUUUUCAAAUUUUAUAAUGUAUUAAAUACAAUAAACUCUGUUUAAAAAAUAA